UAUGGAGGUGCUGCGGACGGAGCAUCGAGAGAUCCUCAAUAUGCUUUUGACGGUGGGAAGAGUGGGAGGCAUCUGGAGCGCAGUGGAUCCACCCCUCUUCAUCCAACGAUUCCUCUACAGCAUCUACGGUUUUCUCGCCAAGGGCUCUCUCUGGACGCUCGCGGCGACAAUGUCCGCGGACAUAAUUUCCAAUUCCGAUGACAUGUUCGCGAUGUCUGACGCUGGGGCAAUGCUAGCUGGGCUCUCAGCGGUUAUCGCGAAAGUCGUGGUCUUCCAACGACACCCGAAGGAUAUUCGACGACUCAUCGAUAUGGUUUACGGCCCCAUCGACACGAUGGUGAUGGCAAAAGAUGGACCUGUAUACGGUCUCAUGAAUUUCCACGUAAACGUUGAAAAAGUCAUAGAAUAUGGUUGGGCAGGUAUGGCAGUUCAGCUGGUCGGUGCCAUGCUCGUUUCCCCCGUAAUAUUUGCUGGUGGAAAUUCCAGUCUGCCGUUGAGAUCAAAGUAUCCGUUCGAUACCACUGACGACUUGAAGCACAACAUGGCUCUGGGUUUGCAAAUAAUCACAGCUAUUUUCAACUUCACCGCCAUGUUCGCGCUGGAUGGGCUGAUGAGGGGUUUCUGCAGAUGGACGAGCUUUCAGAUGCAAAUUCUUAAUUCAAAUUUUCGACACUGCGAUCCAGUCUACUCACGCAGCAAUCAAGAGUCUUCAGCUGGAAAGCUGACGUAUAUGAGCAAUUUUGAGAGCAAAAUCAAUUGUUUCGUAUUGUUCCAUCCAACGGAGAUCACCAGAGAGAGUGAUUCCUUCUUGCGGCGCUUCGAGACGUGUAUCAAGCAUCAUCAGAGAAUUAUUGUCAUAAUGAAAGAUAUGAAUAGAGUUUUUGGGUAUUACAUAUUUGCAGAGUUUUCGUCUAGUACAUUCAUCAUGUGUCUCACUGGCUUUCAAAUUCUUUUGGGGAAAAGAUCAACAACAAAUGUAAUCAAGUUUAUGCUAUACUUCAACGCAGCAUUCGUUCAUUUAGCGACUUGUUGUUUCUUCGGACAAAUGCUGUCAAACGAGGGCAAUAAAAUAGCGGACAGUGUGUGGAUGUCGGGCUGGGAGAAAGAGUCGAAUAUGUCGCAUGCAGGUUAUUUGAUGAUCAUUGCCCUGAUGCGUGCUAAGCAAAUCAUCGAAUUGAAGGCCCUCGGUUUUUAUGCGGUUUCAAUGGAGACUUUCUUGAUGAUCGUGAAGAGUUCUUAUUCAGUUUUUGCACUACUUACGGCUACUACUGAUGAAACUGUCGAGUGAUCCUGAUCUAUUGAUUUGAUGGCAUAAUGAAAAAUAGCUUAUGGGGGAUAGACCUUCUCUGUACAAUUACUCUUUAGAAACCGGGAAUCACCGAGAAAGGAGAAUGGAGAGAGGAUAGUGUCCUGAAAUGACGGGAUAAAACAGGAUUGAUCCGUAUUGCUCUGAUAAUUUAAAA